GCGUUGUGGCGCGGGCAUGAAGCCGGCGUGAACGCGCAUUGUGGAAACGAGGCUGGUGUGCGGCAGUUUCCUGGGUACAGAUUGCGUCACUGUGUGUAUGUGUGUGCCUGUCUGUGUGACUCUGAGAGAGAGAGUUUAAAGCAGGUUGUCAGGCGGAGGCGUCCACAUCCUGGGAGACGUUAGGAGAAAAUACCAAGCAGAAAUCAAGGAGCGAGAACGCGAAUGAGGCAACGCUAUAAUACGUGAAUAUAACAAGUGAGCAGACUUCGAGUACGACAGACAGCGGAGAGAGAGAGAGAGACAGAGCGAGCCGUGGGGGAUAUAGCCCUGGUGAGGGCGAGCCUGUUACCCCGGGUCGCGGAUCUAAACAUGAAUAAAAACCACCGAGUGCCGACCAACAGGUCUCUGAGCGCUGUGGAGGUGAAGAGCAAGUUUGGCGCAGAAUUCCGACGGUUUUCUCUGGACCGAUCGAAACCUGGGAAAUUUGACGAGUUCUAUGGAUUACUUCAACAUGUGCACAGAAUCCCUAACGUGGAGGUGUUGGUUGGAUAUGCAGACAUUCAUGGGGACUUACUACCUAUAAACAAUGAUGAUAAUUACCACAAAGCAAUAUCAACAGCCAUCCCUCUUCUUCGGAUAUUUUUACAGCGGAAAGAGGAGGCUGACUAUUCUGCGUUCGGCACAGACUCGUUGAAGAGGAGGAAGAAGAAUGUCCUCGCCACUGUCCUCCGCGCUGACAACAACCGAAAGAAACCUCCCCUCCUGAUCAGCCUGCCGCGCGAUUUCCGCCCGGUCUCUUCCAUCAUCGACGUGGACAUACUCCCGGAGACUCACCGGCGGGUCCGACUCUACAAGCACGGCUCGGAAAAACCACUCGGUUUCUACAUCCGGGACGGAUCCAGCGUCCGGGUCACCCCGCAGGGACUGGAGAAAGUCCCAGGAAUAUUCAUCUCCCGCAUGGUGCCGGGAGGCCUGGCUGAUGGCACGGGCUUGUUAGCGGUCAAUGACGAAGUUCUGGAAGUGAAUGGGAUCGAGGUGUCGGGGAAGAGCCUCGACCAGGUCACAGAUAUGAUGAUCGCAAACAGCCACAACCUCAUUGUCACAGUGAAGCCUGCCAAUCAGAGGAACAACGUGGUCAGACACAGCCGGACUUCUGGCAGCUCGGGUCAGUCUUCAGACAGCAGCACAAGCCACUACGGCUACACGGUGACCCCGCAAAUUAUCCAGAACUUCCACCCCGAGGAGGCGGAGAGCGACGAGGACAACGACAUCAUCAUCGAGGGGAGUGGCAAGCCCCAGCAGAUCCCCAAAGCCUCCUCUGCCAGCGCCAGCUUGGGCUCUCUGACACAUUCUGAGCCCCAUUUCGGGUCCAAGCAGAAUGGCUUCUCAGCCCUCAGCAGCAGUGCAGGCUCGCUUACAGCAGCAGGAGAGAUUCAGGGUCGAGAGUCAGAAAGAAGGAGGAGUACAGAACGAGCGAAUGUAGAAGAGGAAGGAACAGUGAUCACACUAUAGACCACAGCCUGCACUUGAAGGUGCUGGAGGUGCCAUAUUAUUAGGCAGUGCCUCUGCAUUGAUCUGACAUACAGUGUGUAGCCACUUUUUUACAUUGUGGUUACUUGCAAUUGUGAAUGGAGGAGCAAGGGUAGUACUGGAUCUAUUAACAGUCGGCGCAUAAUAAUAUAUAUAUUUUUUAAAAAUGGGUAUAAAAAGUCUUGCAAUCCACAUCAAAUAGUUUUUUGGGGCUUAUUCUAAACUUAAACAUUAUUUAUAAAUGCAUUUUUUAAUAAACUGUGUAACUAUGAUUUGUUUUAUGGUAGUAAUCAAGCAACACAAAUGAUCCUAAGCUAAAAUCAGGCUUUGGCUUUCCAUCUCUUAGGGUUGUAACGAGAAGCUGGAUGUCAUUUCCAAACAGAAUGGAUGAAAUGGAAAAAUAAUAAUGGGUGUUUUAAUUAAGUUCAGAAUGGUUUCCGAUGAUCUGAUACAACCUAUCCUGAACACCUAAUGCAUGUCGUGCUCAGAAUGUGCUGUGCAUUGUACUGUUAAUCAGCUUGGAAAGCAGAUUGUAAUGAUGUCUGGUGAUCAGUUCUCACACACUCUCCAACAAUUGAUCUUUUAAAAUCUCUUCAUGUUUGCUUUCAGAAUUGUUUUUUGAGCAAAAUGGUUCUUAAAAAGAGCACAAGUGGUACAAUAAUGAGAAGAUCAGAUAUGCAGGUUAAAAUACUUGCUACCUUUUUGAAGUAUCUUUUUUUCAUUACUAUUUAACAGAACAUACAGGAGCUACUUUUACAGUCAGUGUAUUUAGCCAACGUAUAAGUCAUUAGCCUACAUCUUCUCUUGUAGCUUACUGAUCAGAAACUAAUUGGAUUUAGUAAAGUUACUGUAUGUAAUGGGAUAUUGAGAUUCCUUUCAACUUCUUUUAUUGAUGUUCUUGGAAGACAGUUAACCGUGUAAACAAUGCACAAAAGGUGAUUGAUGCUAUGUAUUCUGUAUGUAAGCUGUGAAUAGCAUUCACCAAGGACCAUGUAAAAAAAGACUAAACAUAAAUGCAAAAAUGCUAGGAGAAAAGCACAUCAAUUGGAAUUGGAUCUGAAAUGUUGUUUAACAUGGGUUACAGACUGUAUAGAACCAUGUGAUUAUACGCGUACACUUAGGGUGAUACAGUUUCAUUCCAAACAGUUUUGAAUGGGUUUGUUUGCAUGGGGUUUUAAUCAGAACGAGAUUGAAACGUGUGCUUGUUUCAUGGAAGGUUUCAGGCAUGUCUAGCACAAAUUCUAAAGAAAAAAAGUAUUAAAAUGUAGCAGAGAUUUGCAUGUCAGGAAUCAGAAAUUAACCUUUGGCAGCAAAGAGAUGUAUUAUUCUGCAGUUUGACAGCUUAGACACCCUCUGCAGGCUGCUAACGACACGGGACAGCAUACAAACAUGAUGUUAAUUAUAAGUACUUCCAUAUGAAAUACACCACUGAAUACUGUAGAGAUAUUUUUAUAGAAAGUUUUACAGAAUGAUCAAAUGUAUAAACCUUGUAGGUACUAGUGGUAGUUGCUUGCCCAUUACUGAAUACAAUAGACCAUUGGGGUUGUACAGGAAACAAGCUGCAGUGACGGUACAGACUAUCAUGGCUUUGUUUGUAUUAUCUCUUAUUAUCAGGACAUUAAGUUGAGUUUCAGAGGAGGGACAGACCCCAGCACACAACACACCAUCCUGUAAAUACAACCGAAUUGCCUCCCUUUCAUUGCAGGCACCACCCCCAUCCCCACACAGGGCUCUAUAGGUACGAUGUGUCAGUCUGGCUUUGAGAGUGUCGUUUGCUGUUGUAAAAUGCUGCUGGGGAGUGGGUGCUAUUCAGUUUUAUUUAAACACUGGUGUGUCUAAAUACAGCUGUGGUUUACAUUUAAAAACUGAUCGAUUUUUGAUUUAGUACACAAAGGACCCUAUUUAAAUGAUCCAAACAGAUCUCCCACGGAUCAAGACCAGUUAUAUCUCACUCACAAAUGUAGUUCCGUUGUGUGGGAAUCUUCAUGGUACUGUUUGUGCUUCCCAGCAGUACUUGGGUUAACAUUUACCUGAAGGGCACUGUUGCUUUUAGGUUCACUGUUAAACCUGGUCUUGACUGCAGCUGGUCCAGCUUCAUUAAUAUGAGAUGGAUCGAUGCUUCCAGAGACAGUGCUCAGUUCUGUUUCAAUCACGUGCUUGCUAAGGUACACUCAAGUUCAGUGUUGAAUGAAUGAAAUGCUGUUUAGUAUUCAUGAAAUUGCUCCAUUUGUUGGUUAACAUCAGUCUAGAACAAUUUGUUAUAAAUAUCACUUUAUUAAUAUGCUGAAAUGACAUUCUUUAAUAACUUCUUUAAGUGCUGUGAAUAGGGCCCUGCAUAGAUAAUAUAUGGUCCCAUUCAAUGAAUUUGAAUUCAUAUUUUUUCUCUGUACAUUAUCCUAUGAUUUGUUAUUGUGCCUCACUUUAUUACAGUUUCAUCACUCCUUCAUAUUGAUAAAAUCAGCAGCAAUAACUAAAAAUGACCACUAGAGUACACAUGGACUGGAUGUGUCAAUAAUUUCGUCCUCCUGAAAGUGAGUUUGUCAGAUUUUCCAUUGCAAAUAUUAAACAAACUCACCAUUUCAGGGGGAAGAAAUGCUGGUACGCUGCCCCUAGUGGUCAUGGCUAUACUGGCCUCAUUACAGAAAUACAGUGGUGGUUCUAUUAAACAUCAAAAACAGUAAUAUAUGAUGGAAUAACAACUAGAAAUAAAUAAAUACAAAUUCAGAGAGUAUAAAGUAUUCCUGUACUACUCAAUCAUACAAGUUUUAUUUCCUGUUCCGUCUCAAUUUCUGAUUUGCCAAUGCAAAUAUACACUGAAAAUAUUUGUCACUAUCUAAAAAGUUUUGCAAGAUGAUUGCAAGAUGAUUAAAAAAAAAAAAAAAAGAUGUUCUAUAUAAAUGCUGUACAUUUCCAUACUGUGAAUUAUAUUAUUGUAUCCCUGGAAGAAACGUAUGCUGUACUAUUGGAAAAUAGGCUUGUAUAGAAAAUGGGCUUUUUACUUUUAUGUUAAUAUUCUGUUAUUUAAAAAAAAAAAAAAAAAAAAAUUAAAAAAUGCAGUGAUUUUACUUGCUAUAUGAUUCUGGGUAUAUACAUUUUUAAUGAAAGUAUCAGUAUUUUCUUAUUACUACUGUAUAAUUUAUAUGUCACUUAAUAAACCCUUUUUAAAUGAAAUAGAUGCACAUGUAUAACAGCAUCAUUUAUCGGCUGGUGAAAUAAAGUAAUAUGUAGAAUA